CUCGUUGCCGUCUAAUUCGUUAAAAUUUAAUUGUGACGCUGCUUCUCCAUGGCGUAGAUGGCAAUGGAGGUUGAAGGUAUCCUACAAUAGUCUGAAACCUACAAUACAACAGUGAAAUCGACGCUGUAGCUUUUCCUCUUCCCUAUUUCUUUCAUUGUGAGAAAUCCUGCAAUUCGAGAUCCCCUUGCUUUGAGGUUAGAGAUAUAAGGCUUCUGUGGUGGCGGAUCGCUGGAAAUGGCGCAGGUCGUUGAGGAAUGGUAUAAACAAAUGCCCAUCAUCACGCGGUCGUACCUCACGGCCGCCGUUGUCACCACCGUUGGUUGCUCCCUCGAGAUAAUAUCUCCGUAUCAUUUAUAUCUGAAUCCCAUGCUCGUUGUUAAACAAUAUGAGAUCUGGAGGCUUAUCACAAACUUCUUAUACUUCCGGAAGAUGGAUUUGGAUUUCUUAUUCCAUAUGUUCUUCCUUGCUCGAUACUGCAAGCUACUUGAGGAGAACUCAUUCAGAGGAAGAACAGCUGAUUUCUUUUAUAUGCUUCUGUUUGGUGCCACAGUGUUGACUGGAAUUGUUCUCAUUGGUGGGAUGAUACCAUAUGUUUCACAGAAAUUUGCAAAUAUUUUCUUUCUCAGCAGUUCAUUGAGCUUCAUGAUGGUUUAUGUGUGGAGCAGACAUAAUCCGCUCAUUCACAUGAGUUUUUUGGGCCUUUUCACCUUUAGAGCUGCUCAUCUUCCAUGGGUCCUUCUGGUUUUCUCUAUUCUUGUUGGAACCAGCACAUGGGUUGAUCUUUUGGGUGUGAUAGCAGGCCAUGCUUAUUAUUAUCUCGAAGAUGUUUACCCCCGAAUGACAGGUCGGCGACCCCUCAAGACUCCCAGUUUCAUCAAAGCUUUGUUUGCAGAUGAUAAUGUUGUUGUGGCCCGACCAGGAAAUGCCCAAUUUGCCGCCCCUCCUGUGCAGGAACCCCAUCAAGAUUAAUCAUACAAUGAUUCAUAAUAUUUUAACGGUUGUUUAGAGUUCCAAGCUUUUAUAAUAUAUUAUUGAUAUUCCAAGUCAGUAAUAUUUAUCUAGAGGCAUAUAUUUUCUCUGA